AUUACGCAACCUCUGAACUUGUGUGUAUUUCGAACCGCAGGAUACAUCUCUCUGACAAACGUCAAACAGCAAUUAUUUAGUCAUUGAAUAUGUUUUACCUCGUAAAUAUUAGCAGAAAGUUUGGUCCAUUAAACAAGAUAAGGAACUGUCUAUUUUUUCUUGAAAAUACCGGCAAAUUCACUCCAAAACUUGAUGUGAAAGUCAGCCGUUUAGGAGUCCAAUCUAGCAGAAAUUGCACCACGACGACGCCCGCAGACUCGGCGAAAGGGAUGGUGCUGAACCGUUCUCCAGCCCACUACGUGCAAGGUCAAUCGCCCGAGCCCAAAAUUCGAGAAUACUUUUAUUUUAUCGACCAUCAGGGACAGCUUUUCCUUGAUGAUGCAAGAGUUAAGAAUUUCAUAACUUGUUUUAAAGACAAAAAGUUCCUGGCCUUCUUCUUCAAGCGACUCAAACAGAACUCAUUUGAGCAUUACAAGGAUGCCUUCCCUUAUCUAUCACCCUGCGGAAUAGAGAGAAACUUUGUUCGGUGUGAUGAUCGUCCAAUCGUGUUCACUCACAUCAUUCCCGAUCCAGACGAGCCAUCCGGACCCGGACUUCUCUCCUGUAACUUCACCGGGGAUGCGGUCACCGUGAAGUUUGAACCAGGGAAGGUGUGCAUGCUCCCUGUGAGUGGUCGCAUCUACCAUCCAGCACCGCACAAAACAGGAGGAGUGGGACUGAUCAAAUCCAGUAUCGCUAUUGACAUCAGCACUUGCUUUGAGUUUGGGGAGAAAGGCGAGUAUUCCCCUCCAACACAUCUCACCUGGCUUGGAAAGAGAUACACUCUGACCAAUGAAGUCCUUGAUUUGAUGACCGAUAGUGAAAAAAGUGAGUUGGAAGACAGAUGAGAUAAUGUAUGACAAUUAGAGAGUUACAGUUUUAAACUGAAACUUGUGAUAUUCCCAGACCUGUGUGUUUUGUUUACUGGAUUGUUAACACAAUGGACUGAUCUGGAGUACUGAUAUUAAAUGAUGUCAAGCAAUUUAUUUGUGAUGAUUUUUCUAUACCGGUACACCUGCACCUACAUAAUCGGGCUCUCUCCUAUUCAAGUAUCAGCAGUUCAGUUGGGAUGAAUUACUCUUUAGACAAGGAGGUAGAAGUGUGCAUUAAAUGGUGCAUGCAUUGAUAAGUAAGUGUAUGAUGACGUAUUAAAUUCAAUGCAAAUUGUUUGUCAUUUGACACCUGUAUACAAAUAGAACCUUGGGACUUCCGAUGACAGGCUUUCUUUGAUCAGAUCAUGACUUCCUUCUUUUCCAUUGCUUUAUUAAAGGGAAAAUUUCAUCCUGACAAUUUGGUUUGAAUAAUUGAUUCUGAUAAAGGCAGAAAAUUUGACAAAAAUAUUGAUGAAGGUUUGGUACAUGUACAUGAAAGAAUAAUAAUUACAUGUAUGAAUUAUUAACGUUUUAAAUUUGUGCUUCCAGCUCCCCCAUAUAUCAUGUACAGGGUGUAACACACAUUUUCUUUUUAUUUAAUGGAGUUUUAUGAAUAAACAAAUUUUUCUUUAAGAGGGUAUGAAGUUAUGUCUGAUGAUAUAUCCACUGCACCAUGGACCUCCUACUCCAACUUUAGGUCCAUGACUGCACAAAUGAAAUCACUUCAUAGUUUGGAGAAAAUGGCAUUUCAAGGAUGUGAUUUCACACAACUUAUGGAAGAGCUGCUCGUCAUCACAAAAUUAAUUUUUGAUGGAUUUCCUUAAUUCAUCACCAAUAUUUAUCUCUUAUUUCUCUGUUUAUUUAAACCAACCUUUCAUGGUGAACUUUCCCUUAAAAUGCCAGAUGAGUAGAAUAUGGAACAUCAUUUGUUGCAACAUUGCUAAUUAUGUAAUUUAAAAAAAAUCAAAGACAAAAGAACAUUUUACAUCUCUUUUAGUUUCUAACUUCUAAUUGAAGAUACAUGUAUGUUUUGUAAGUCAAUUGAUAGGCACAUCACAAAUGCAUGUGUAAUUUUGCACAAGUAUCCUGGAGAUUUUUCAAGGCACAGUUCAGUUUCUUUGGUGGCUGACUGGCAGCGGUCAUGAGAUCAAAACUGGGUUUAUGUUUGGAAUGUCAUGAUUACUUUUUUCAGUGUGGUGCAUGAAUUAAUCAUGUUAUUGAUCAAUGUCCACCUGUAAACCAAUCCAGCUUCUUGAAUCAAAUGUUACUUACUUGAAAAGUAUUGGUAUGUGAAAUUACCUUCAUCUGCUUUACUUUUAUGAUUGAUGUUGAGAUAGAUACAGUGCAAACUUAAAAGACCGAAAUGAUUUAAUCCAAUUUAUUACAUCAGGGCCCCGUCUUACAAAGAGUUAUGAUUGAUCCAAUAAAUCGUAACUCUAUGGAAAUCCAUCAGUGUCAUAAUUUUUUCUACAGGAAAUUUGCAAAAUGUCCUCUGUAAACAAAGGAGAACACACCAAAUUGCCAAGAAAUCAAUGAAUUAAUGAAUAUACAUCAUAUCUAUAAUUUUUUUGAACAAACAUAUAUUUUAUAUGUUGACAUUGCUAGCUUUCCAUAGUUGCUUGAUCGGAUUAAUCGCAACUCUUUCGUAAGACGGGGCCCCAGUAUGACCAAUGAACAAUCUGUUUAUCAUAAGUUGAACAUAAUAAUAAAUUGAUAAUAAUAAUAAUAGUUGCUUGUAUACUUGUACAUGAUCCUUCAGCAAGUUCAUUGUCUGUUGCUUUUUUUUAUUUUGAGAGGGGUUGCAAAAUAUGUUAACAAUAUUGACUAAAUUGACUCAAAUUUCAAUUAAAAAAUAUAGUGGGAUUUGUCAUGGCAACACAUGUAUAUCAUGACUAAGUAGAGAACAUGCUACAAAUUUGUCUCAAAUUAUCAAUUCUUGCAGGUUAGAAAAGGAGGAGGGUCAUUAAAGAUUACAGGGUAUACAUGUACUUCAAAAAUUUUAUUAGACUUCUUUUUUUCUUCCUGGUUGCUGGUAUUGUGCACAGAUAUGAACUUUGUGCGAGUUUAAACUUGGGACGAUAUAGCACUAUUGAGGUGAAAUUAUCAGAGCUGAUAUAGCAUCUAAACAGUUUCAGUGUAAGCUGCUCAGAUUGAAAUCACAAGACAAUACACCAUUUUUUUUUCUGGGGCUGUAGAGUGUUAACUAAUACAAUAUAUUGUGGUAGAUUGAUGGAACUUCCCUCCUCUCCUUUUUCGUCCCAUUCGACCCAAAUGCAGGUACUUCUCAAAUGCAACUUUUAUUAUGUACACAUGCAAUACCAAAUGUAUUACAUUGUAAAUAUCAAAGUUUAUGUUAUAUUUAACUGUAUGAUGCAAAUUCAAUAAAUGAAUGAGACAGUA